AUGGGACUCACGGCUGACUUUGCGAUUGUGGUGAUGACGCUGAUUGUGGCCGUGGUGAUUGGACCGCUGGCGUUGGAGAUCUUCUUUACCAUCGCUGAUGGCUGUGGGUACAACCUGCGUGCCACCCGCUGGGGGCUGCGGCUUUCGGGUAUCUUGGCCAAAGGGAGUGACGUGGGCGAGUACUGCGUGGCAGCUGCAACUGUAGUGAUGGUGGGCCUGCCCAUUUACCUGCACUACACCGAGUACAUUCCCUUUUGGCGAGCCACUGCGCACCGUCAUUACAUGGAGCUCUUCCUGUACCAUGUCUUGCCAUCAUUCUGGAUCAACAGCAAUAUUGCCUCAAACUACAUCAUGAGCCGGGACUGUCUGGCCUGCACCAUGCCAUUGAUGCUGAUGCUGAUGCCGGCCGGUGAUUGCUUUGUUGCCGUUCUGAAUGCCGAUCAUGUCGAAGAAAAGCAUGCACGGCAGUCGACAGAAAAACAAACAAACAAACCGCACAGGGUGUGCGGAGUUUGUCGUCUGCCCAAGCCACCACGCACGCAUCAUUGCAGCUCUUGUAAAAGAUGCAUUGUGCGCAUGGAUCAUCAUUGCCCUUUUACCGUGGGCUGCGUCGGGGAGGGAAACAAUCAUUUCUUCUUCAUGUUUAUCUUCUAUGCCUGGGUGGCGACGGUGUAUGCCACCUGGCUGUCGCUGCAUCCCUACCAGUACUGCUUGCAGACAGAGACGGCGGCCGAGUUGGAUGCGACACCAUGCAACGACUGGACGCACGCCAAGCCACGGCUGCUGUUCCUGUCCUUGGCGAGCUUGGCCAUCAUGUCAGCUUUUCUCUUCUUCAUCAUGGUGCUGCGCUCCUUGGAUCGAACCAUCAUUGAGUUUCUGAGCUUCCAGAGUGCCAAUCGCCGCCGCGAACUGCUCGAUGCCUACCGGCCCCGGGGCUUCUGGAUCAAUCACCAACGCCUGCUUGGGCCCGUUCAGUACUGGUGGCGCUGGCUCUUGCCGCUCCCCUUCUUGCACCGGGCCAUCCCGCCCUACCAUCCCGCGCCACCACCACUGGCUCGAUGA